UGUGUUUACUGACAUGUAGAUAUUGCGUGUACAAUGGCAUGAACAUCAUAACAUUAAUAGAACUAGACAGAAGAAUCCAUGCAUUGACUUGUUUUCAGAUUAUAUAAUAUCUGAUUACAUUUUACAUUGUCAAGAAGAUAAACCUAACCACUAAUGGAUAACAACCCUGUUUAUUUAUGAUUAGUUAAGCAAUUAACUAAACAAACAAACUUAUUUUGUGCAGAAUCCAUAUCUUUCCUGGAUGCUUCCAUUGUUUAAGCAACCUCCUUAUCUAGUCUCUAUAGCUCUAUACUAUAAUACUAGUGGCGCGUUCAAGUACAAAACAUCAAGGGCUGAUUUGCACUAUUAAUAGUGAUUUGUAAGACUGCGACGAUAAUUAAUAAUUCAGAUACAAUUUAAAGACAGGUGACUUGUUAGUUUGUAAUUAUGUCUUAUCGUUAUUAAAUCGGUGGUUUAUACUAUUGUGACGGGCUAUAUUUGGUGUUGUAUGACUAAUAUUUUGUACUAGCAGCAUUUGCAGUGGCUUGUAGAGUUUGUAUUUUGUAAGUUGAAACUAUUCAUAUUGAAAGGUGACCCUGCCCUAUAUAUAUUAUGACUUUCAUGAGUUAGCUUCAGAAUGGCUUUGCUUGGAUCCUGUUGGUUUAUUGUUGAGAAUAUUCUCCUUCCAAAUGGAUCACUCAGGUGGUUUUGCUUGAGCUUUUACAUCCAUCCUUUUUUCCUGUUUUUUUGUCGGAUUUACCUGUUCAUAAGAUGGCUACAUGUUUCGAUUCUGUGCAUUAUAGUUUUUACCCAUAGAAUUGCUCGUUUUUUUCUUUCUCUUGUCUUCACAAGAUUGUUUAGAAACGGUAUCAUCCUUAUAAGUUCACUGAAUAGAUAUGCCAGCAGUACGGCUACUGAUACUGAUGAUGUGCUUGCAAGUGAGGAAGUGGGGUAUGAAUUCCCAGAAAUUAGUCACAGUCAGAUUAAAGUGUUUAGAUGUGAUCGAAGUGAAUCACAUGUGGACGAGCAUCAAAAAACUGUCUUUGAGGUGCUAGAUGAUUAUAAGGUUAGUUCAGUUUCUGUUAGUGAUCAUGUACUGGAAGAAGAACCAAAUUAUGAGGAGGAUCCUAUUUUGGUUAGUUCCUCAAGCUGCACCUCAAUAUCCAAUGAUAACAUCACGACAUCUGCUAGUUGGAUGGAUUCGGAUGUGGAAUUUCCUUUACUCUGUGCCUCAAAUUCACCUGUAACCAAACAAGAAUUGGUUAUCAGCCAACAACAGGCAGAGGAAGAAGUAGACUUGUUCUACGAGAACUAUGCUGAUAAGAUGAGAUGGUUCGAUGUUCUCAGUCAUGACAGAACUUGUGGAAUAAGUGCAAUCUUGAACCAGCAACAUGUUGCUCAUGGCUCGUCAAUUGAUGACAGCUUCGUGCCAAUCAACUUUUCAGAAUUUGAAAACAACGAUCCAUACAAUGAUGAUAAUGCGGUUAAGCAGAGGCUAUUAAGAAGUCUGGAAGAUGACCUCGAAAUGGUCUAUGUUGCACAAACAUGCUUGUCCUGGGAGGCACUCCAUCAUCAGUACCGCAAGGUUAAGGCCCUUUCUGCAUCAUCAACGAGUGGUUUUUUUCGUAAUAACAUUGCAGAGAGAUUCCAGAAGUUUCAAAUACUUAUAGAGAGAUUUUUGGAGAAUGAAAGGGGUGGUAAGGGCAAAAGGUACAGGACUUAUGUCCAAAGGAGAUCUUCUAUUAAGAGUCUGCUCCAAGUGCCUUCAGUGACAGGCUAUGUGGAGGAAAAAGAUGAAAUUAUGGGAGAAGUGAUGGAGGCGAGGAUCGUGUUAAAGGCCAUAGAGAAUUCCAUAGUUGCUUUCUCCUUAUUUGUUAAGACAGAAGAACUGGAUCCACAAAAACCUUGGUGGAGAAUCAGGAGUGUGAAAUUGAGUUUUCAGCCCUUGGAGGACCCUAGAGACUUCAACCUUCUAUGUGACAUUACUAACUCAAUUCAAAAGAGAAAGGCAUGGAUAAAAGAGUUGGAAGGAAUGAAGUCAUGGUACAAGUUAAGAGGAAGAAGGAUGGUCAAAGAAUGUGAUGACCAAAAGAAAGAGAUUAUGUUUAUGACAAUAGAAAUGAAAUUGGUGACAAGGGUGCUCAAGAUGAGUACAGUAUCAACAUCUCAACUCAAAUGGUGUAAACAAAAGCUUGAUAACAUUGACUUCAUGCAUAGGAAGCUUGUGAGGACAUCUCUCCUCAGUUGUCCCUUGUUUCCAUCUUCCUAAUUUUUAACAGCAUGUAUAUAUGUUUAUCUAUUAUGAAAUAUUGAAAUCCAAUGUAAUCUCCAACGAAUAGGGAUGUUUCCUGCAAGCAUGCAUGCACUUUGAUUAAAUAAACAUUUCAUAAAAUUAUAGAUGUGUAUCUCUCUGACCUCUUAAUAGUAUGGAAAUGGAUUGAAAGAAGAAAUACGAG